CUCUAAUCGGCCACCUCCAGCCACAGUGUGCUGGACACCCUCAGCUGUGUCAGUCCUCUCCUGUUGUCUCCUGAGAGCUUCUUGCAAUGGCCCCUAAGAAGAAGGAAGAGCCCAAACCUGCAGCACCAGUGGCUCCAAAGCCCCCAGAGCCUGAACGCCCCAAGACCCCGGAGUUUGACCCUUCAACAGUGACGCUGGAAUUCACCCCUGAGCAACUUGAAGAUUUCAAAGAUGCUUUCCAACUGUUUGACAGAACUCCAACCAACGAGAUGAAAAUCACUUAUGCCCAGUGUGGUGACCUGAUCAGGGCUUUGGGCCAGAAUCCUACCAACGCAGAGAUCAUGUAUGUCCUUGGAAAGCCCAAGGCUGAAGACAUGCAGACCAAGAUGCUUGACUUUGACCAGUUUCUUCCCAUGCACCAACACAUUUGCAAGGCCAAGGACCGCGGCACAUUUGAGGACUUCGUGGAGGGUCUGAGGGUUUUUGACAAGGAGGGGAAUGGCACAGUCAUGGGAGCUGAGCUCAGGCACGUUCUGGCAACACUGGGUGAGAAGAUGAGGGAGGACGAGGUCGAGCAGCUGAUGCAAAACCAAGAGGAUGCUAAUGGAUGCAUAAAUUAUGAAGCUUUUGUAAAAUACAUUAUGGCAUCCUAAGAAGGGUACAUGUGUUUCAACCUUAUUUUCAUUCUGGUGCUGCAUAACUCUGCACUAUAAAAUCAAUGAGUGACUAAUGAGUUGGUGUCUCCUUCACUAGAAACUCAAGAUCCCGGAUUGAGAGAUCUUGACCUCAGAAGAGCUUCAUGUUCUUGUAAAUCCCAUCCUGUAUAUUUAUCAUUUCCAUAUUUCUCAAAUGGAUCUAUAACUGCAUCAAUAUUUCACCUUGUUUUUCUAAGACCACUUGUGUUGAUGCUGUGCACAUAUUGCACAUUGCCCCUGUUCAUACUGUAGAUCAUGGUAAAUAAAUGAAUUCAUUUUGA